AUUCCACAACUAAUAUAGCCUUAUUAGUCCCUCCCUGCUUUCAGAUACUUACUACAUCAAACUUAAUACAUCUGAGUUAUUAUGUUGAAAGAAGAAAGUAACUGGGCACAAGCCUGUGAUUCAUGCCGAUCAGCCGCAUGCACCGUGUACUGCCACGCUGAUUCUGCCUACUUGUGCACCAGCUGUGAUGCUCAGAUUCAUGCUGUCAAUUGUCUUGCUUCUCGCCAUGAACGUGUUCGAGUCUGUCAAUCAUGUGAGCGGGCUCCAGCUGCCUUUUUCUGCAAGGCAGAUGCUGCAUCCCUAUGCAUCGCAUGCGAUUCAGAGAUUCAUUCCGCAAACCCACUUGCUAGACGCCAUCAACGAGUCCCAAUCCUGCCGAUAUCUGGAAACUCUUACGGUUCCAUGGAGACUAACCAUUCAUGUGAGACAACAGUGACAGAACCAGAGAACAGCCUGGUGGUAGGCCAAGAAGAAGAGGAUAGAGAUGAAGCAGAGGCAGCUUCGUGGUUGCUUCCUAAUUUAGGGAAAAACAAUGGUAACAAUCAUAGUCAGAACUUCUCUAUUGGUGACGAGUAUUUGGACCUUGUCGAUUACAGUUCAAGUAUGGAGAAACAAUUCACAGAUCAAUCCAAUCAGUAUCAACAACCCUGCAACGUACCUGAGAGGAGUUAUAGAGGAGAUGGAGUUGUUCCACUUCAAGUUGACGAAUCAAGGGGUCAUAUGCAUCACGGGCAACAUAACUUGGAGUUGGGUAUUACCUAUGCUCCUCGAAGCUCCAAUGGUUCCAUAAGCCAUAUGGUACAUGUUUCAUCUAUGGACCUCAUAGUUGUGCCAGAGUCAACAACGAGUGAUGCAACAGUAUCUCAACCAAGAUCGCCCAAAGCUGUAACAGACCAACUAACUGAACCUCCACCUCAGAUGCUCAGUCCAGUGGAGAGAGAGGCUAGGGUCCUGAGAUACAGAGAGAAGAAGAAGAUGAGGAAAUUUGAGAAGACGAUACGAUAUGCUUCGCGGAAAGCAUACGCAGAGAAAAGACCACGGAUCAAGGGCCGCUUUGCAAAAAGGAAUGAAGCUGAUGCAGAGGCAGAUCAAACCUUCUCCACGACGAUAACGUUUGAUACCGGAUAUGGAAUUGUUCCUUCAUUAUGAUGCUUCUAAGGCAAAGCUAUAUUACAUGCUUAGUUAUUACCAUUGUAAUGCAUAUAUACGUCUAUAGUUUUGUCUAACUAGUACCAACCAA